UAAGACUUGUCACGCUGCGGUGGGGAACAGUGCCAUAGAGUAGGCAAGUUAAAAGCCAUAAAGGCGACCCAUCUGCAGAACCCAGAAGACACAUAAACCAACUCCACGUAAACCAACUCCUCUCUGAUUCAAAUAUGAACCCAGUUCGUUCGUCGGACAAGUCCAUGGUCCAAGAUAUGCUCCUGGAAUUCAAUAGGGUGAAUCCCAUCCUGAUCGCUCGGGAUGCUCUGCAUGAAUACGAUACCGAGGUCAGAGUGCGCCCAUGUGGUUGGAAGGGCUGCAGGAUGCACAUUCCUGUGGAGCUCAAGCAGGUUUCUAAACACCUUAAGCAAUAUCAUGGUAUCAACACCAGCGCCACCAGCGAGGACACGGAAAAAACUACAUGUCUUUGGAGCGGUUGUCUUGAUACCCAUACCAAACCAGGCAAUCUCUCCCGUCAUGUCCUGACGCGCCAUCUUGGAGUACGGUGGAUUUGCUCGCAUUGUCAGUCCUCACUCUCGCGGGAGGACGCCUUUCGACGGCAUUCGCUCGAACGACCGGACUGUCAGUCUGCGGAAGUCGUUGUUAACUACGGGGACGGAUCACAAGUGAUUGACUUAGUGUACAUUGACGGUGGUUGGUCAGCUAGCCAGAACGUCAUGUUGAUAUAGUCCUCAGUGUUAUAGUUAUCUUACAGUGACAUCCGUAUCGCCUUGUAUUCCAACCUCAUAUGCAU